AUGCUAGAUCCAGCUAAUGAUUUGGUUCCACCACCAUCUUCACCCUCCAUCUCUUCCAUUUCUUCCUCUGAUCUUGACACUGAGUCCACAGGAUCAUUUUUUCAUGAUAGAAGCACAACAUUAGGGACACUAAUGGGAGUGAGUUUUCCGGCGAUUGCAUUUAGAGUUCCAUCACAGCACCGGCAAUCAUAUUCUGACGCCGGAGUCUGCGCCAGUGGAUCCAUUAGGAAUGCGUCUAACAAAAAGAAGAAAAGGACCGCCGCCGCAUCGGUGGCGGCGGAGAGGCGGCGAAAGUGGUGGCAGCUGUGUAGGGACAGUGAUGCAAGACCGGCUUCGCUGGGAGAUUUUUUGGAGGUGGAGCGGCGGUUUGGCGACGGCGCAUUUUACGAAACGGCGGCGGAGCUGGAGGGAAUGGUGGCUGAGGCUGACCACCAGCAGAGGAAUGGCGGGAGAGUUCUUUUUGCUGACGGGAGGGUUCUUCCACCGGCGGAAGAUGUUGGCAGCAGAGAAUCGCCGGCGGAGAGUCUCUGUAAUAGGUUUCCAGUGUCGCUCGCCGGAAUAUGCAGCGGCGGUGGUGGAUAG